GUCGAAAAGGUCUCGCGACACUGCACAACUUGUAUGCGUGCGCAUCAUUCAUGGCGAAUCGUGUGGAUCCGUUCGUGUGCAGCAGGCGACACAGUUGACAGCGAUAGUGGUUUUUUGGUUUUUCAGUGGUUCGCGCUGCGUUCGAGAAGUUAAGUGUAUUUUUCGAGCGCGACAACAAGGGUCGAGCUCAACUUUCCUCGGAAAAACGUACACAUACAGCCGGCAAGACGAAGCUCAAAAUGCCAUUGACCGCAAGUUCGAAGAAGUCAUUAUGCGUACAGACCGAAGAGGUUGUUGACGAGAGAAAAGGUAAUCACGCUGCCCUCACGCCGCUGGAAGACAUGUCCGCGGGACGAGGGCAAGCAGGUGGAGGGCCUCCUCAGAAUUGUCAGAAAGUUUUUAUACAGCGUGACUACAGUGAUGGCACAAUGGUCAAAUUUCAAACACGAUUUCCAACAGAAUUGGAAAGUAGGUUGGAUAGACAAUUGUUUGAGUACACGAUCAAUCAGUUGAAUAACUACUUUGCGGAAGCGGAGCGUGCUAGUUGUUCUACUUACUGCGAGAGCUGCCUAUACUGUCUCACGGGUUAUCUGAUAAGUAUAUGCACCGAGACGCAUUAUGAAAAGUGUCUGCGCAAAGUUGCCAAAUUUGUCAGCGAGCAGAACGAUCGAGUGUAUAAGCCGCGUGGCCUCUUGUUAACGGAUCCAACGACUCGUGGACUCAGGCUAAUAGAGAUCUCGGUACUGGAUAGACCUGCGUCGUGACUGCAUAUUAGCCGAUCCAGGGAGUUCUUCAUGCGACCCGUUGCGCAGCAAUCCGGAUAUUAUCUUGCCAGAAUCACGGACAUGCACGUGCUUGUGAGUGUCUUUCAGCGUAAUUACGGGGCUUACCGGCUGGUUUGAGCCAGUUGUACAAAGUGCGGCAAUCCUAAAAUGUUUGAGAAAAAUCAAUUCUUCGUCAACGAUGAUAUCUUAUAGGCCGCAAACCACUCAGGUGCACAAUGAGCUGGAUUUCUCUCGCUGUCGGGUCAAGCCUUUUCCUUAAUCCUAAGAGAUAAAUAGAUUGAUACAUUGGGCAGAUGUAAUAUGUGUGUGGAAACCCACGGAAUAUGGGGGAUACGUAUUGCGGGAAUGUACAUGAUUGAUUCGUGGAGAUUUCAUUCUAGAUUUAUCUGUUGAACUAAUUAUAUAAUAAAAAACUGAUAUACAAGGUUGGUCUAAUUGCAGCAAGAGAGUCCCGCGUUUAUUGGCAUUUGUGGUACUUCAAUUCUAAGUGAUAGCUCCUACAAUCUCGAGGGAGGGCGUGCAUCAAAGCGCGUGGAUGUGUAACAAAGGUGUGCCGUGGCACUUCUAUAAGUUCAAUUUUCUAUAUGCGUACAGAAAAUAUAACAUACGAAAGUAUAUGAGGUAUGCACGGCGAAUCAGGGUGCGGAGAAAAACAUGACUUUGUCGUUCGCAUUUUUGCAUGUAGUUAAACGACGCAAGUUAUUUUGCGCGAGCCGCUACGUUGAUUCGUCAUGUACACGAUGGGGUCUACAUAUUUUUUUACUGUUCAUUUAUGACUUUAUCGUAUCAUCUGCAUUUAAUUAAUGAGACGUGAAUGGGAUGCGUGUCUGCGUGAAUUAUUUAUGCGAUGAUGGCAUUCGAUAUUAGUAUUUCUGCACAUAUUAUGUUUUAGUUCUAUCAAAAAACCGAACUGAAAACUAUAGCUCCAAUGAUUUUCGUUCUCGAUAAACAUUUACACAAAUGGAUCUAAGUUUUUCUUAUCUUCCGCGAUGUAUCUUCCAUUGCGCUUGUGUAUCCGCAUGCAGAAGCAUAAGUCAUUUCGCAUACGUAUGUACACCGAAUGAGAUAUCUUGUUUAUCGCGCGAAUGGAUGUCUCGCGUCAACAAAGAAGAUAGAUUCGAUCGAAAUUACUGGCACAAACACUUGUUGCACUAAAGAAACCCGAGGAUUGGCUAAGAAAAAAAAAUGUUAUAUAAAAGCGACGAUAUAAAGCAAAAUGUGAAACGUAGAUUACGUUCAAUCAAUCGGCAUUGUGAUCAAGGAUAAGCCGGAACCAUUUGCGAUGCAUUUGCGAUGCGAAAUUUCGUAUGCCGCUUUAGUCUGCUCUCCGAAUCGAAACUGGAGGACUAUCGCCCGUUGCCUAUUGUUGCCAGUCUCCGUUCGUGAGUUCUUGGUGUCCGCUCGCCAUGCUGGAUGCCUUCUAUUCCGUUCCUGUUAAUUAGUUGUAAAUGACAGUGAUCUCUAACGAUACAACGACGCAACACCAUGUCUAGUUUUUAAUUAAUUAAUUAAUUUCUAUCACGCGCUUUGGAAGCCUAAAACAUUGUAACAUGUAAUGGUAAGUGCUGUUAGAAACAGCGCGAAUUUUGAUUUGAGUGCAAUAUUAUAUUAUUUUUAUCAUCGCGGCAUCGCAUGUAAUGGCAAACGAUCUCUCUCGUUCUUGAUCACAAUGUGCGCGGAGCCUGUCCGACGUUGUAAUGCGACGUAUUGCUGAAAGAAUCUUGCCAAAAAGCGUGUCACUGCCUCGACGUACGAUUUCUAGGCGCGGGAGAGCGUCGUUGAAGAAACUUCGUACGAGAUCAUCGAAGACAGAAGACUAAAAAAAUCCGUUUUCUGAAAUUGGAUGGAAGAAGCAAUUUCAGAAGCGGGAAACGACAAGAAGGGGAUCUCCUGGGGAAUUGUAGAGAAUUUCCGAAUUCUUUUGGACGUCGCAAUAUUACGUCCUAGGACUCUGACUGCAUGCAAUACGCAUGUUUGCAUAUAAUGUACAUAUAGCGGAUUAAUCGUCGACAUACGGAGUAUCGAAGCAAAAAAGAAGUAAAUCGUUUGUUACACUUAAUUUAAUUUAGUAGGACCAAUAUUGGAUUGAUGAUCCGUAAUUGUAAAGGAUACCAUCGUACGAGUGUAAUUUCUAAAUGUUUUAAUAAUAAAAACGGCGUAAAUAUAUUAAUAUAUAUAUAUAAAUAUAUAUAUAUCCUUGGAGAUCAAUCCUUGAUUUUUUCGAUGAUUUUAUGCCUAAUUAAUAUAAAAAAAUCGAAAUAUAAGAAAUCACUGAUUACAACGGAAGAUUGCGUAGCUUAACAUUACGUAUAGUUUAAGCGACAAUUAUAUUUUUUGCAAUAAUGUAUUAUAUUGACCAUUUUUAAUAUGUACAAAACAUUUUAAAUAUUAUUUUUGCAUUCAAUAGUAGCUUUUGUUGGACUUUU